UUUUUCACACUGCUUCCUCUAACUUGUAAUGCAGACAGCUGGAGGGUGGCAAAACAGCCCAAGAACACUGUUAGUACUGGCAUUCCCUCACUUCCCAGCUCGGCCCUACGAGCUCACCGCACGAAAGCAGCCUCUAAGACCUCCGCAGCCCUCGGGGCAGCCUUUACCCAGCCUCGCUCCUCUCGCAGCCCCCCGACCGCCAGGGCUCGCCCCGCGGCCCGGUGCCGCCGCUGCCCACACGGUGGAGCUGGACGCCCGCACAAGCCCCGUCCCCUGUAACGACCCGAGGCAGGCAAGGGAGGCUGCUGCCCCUGUGCGAAGGUGGUCUGCUCCUCCGGGAGCUCAAACGCCACCGCCAUCCGACCCCAUACGAAUUACACACAGUACAAGCUCCCGGCGCAGCACCUUCGCGUCAGUACAUCGGCCUGUCUCGGAGCAGAGCCUCUGGAGGCAGCAAACAUUGGCAACCCCUCAGCGGCAGAUAACGCGGAGACGCUUCCUGUUUAUGGGUAACAGUGUGCCCUGUGCUCGGGGCUCAGCCAAGCCUCGAGCCGAGGAAGCGACGCACAUUAACCUCCAACAUGAUUUUUCCUAGCACCAGCACAAACGCUUAAGCAGUCUGACGCUCGAAUGCAGCACAACUCACUGUUUCUGAGCUACAAGGCGAUUAAAACCGCGUCUGCGGGGUCUCCCUCGGCAGCGAGGAAGGCGAGGGCGGCGGGGCGGGCGGCGGGCUGACGGGACAGGUGCCGGCUUCCUGGCGGCGCGGGGCCGCCGAUGGCGGGCGGGAGGGCGCCGCCGCCAUUUUGCGGCGCUAAUCCUCGGCGGCCGGCAGCGCCCGGGGCUGGGGGAGCACGGGCUGCUGCCGGCGCCGCGCUGGUUUCCGCGGGUUGGUUUCACAGCCAGCGUUUUGUGCUUAAUUUACGCGGCCGCCUGUGGCGUUCCGAGCAUUAGGCAAGUUGUUUAUAGGCAAGCACCGCAAAUUUAAAGCGGUGAGGAAAUCCAGCGAUUCCCUGUAUCCGAGCCCUGUUUCUGUGACCACCAGUGCGGUUUAGUUCACAACGUUUAGUGUUCCUUUUAAGCCUAACAAAGGAAUUUAUUUGCCUUACUCUUCUUCAAAGCCUUUCUCACAUGAAGAAAGAGAAAGCAUCUGUGGAGAAAUGGAACUCAGUACAGUAACUUCUGCAACUCUCCGCUAAAAAGGAGAGAGAUGAGGUAUUUCCUUUAAGUAACCAUAUCUGAAAUAAGUUGCUUUCAGAUCUUGAAGGACAUUUGCAUUUACCUUCUUUCCUUAUCUCAUUAUCUUGUUUUUAACCAUAUAUAAAUUAAUAAAGUAUCAAGAAGAUGCAUAUUUUGAGCA